CUGAAAGACUACAAGGUCCAGCCGGCAGCUCGCGCGUCUCCGCCGACCAGCCUAGGUCUGGAAAACCCGGUUCUGCUGUCGAGACCCGCACCCAGGAGCCUUCGCAGGGUAAGAUGGCUGCGCUGGGAGCCGAAGCGGAGGUGAAAGAGUGCUAGGGCCGUAUGGCCCUAUCCAACAAACGUAUUGGCUUUUCUUAUCGUGGCUAUGGGUACCUUUGUCCUGGCGCAACCUUAGCAUUUCGCAGUUUUGAUCUGGAACCUCCCGGAGGACAGCAGAGUAAGCGUUUCCUUUGCGAUACGACGGAGGCACGGGGUCGCUCAAGCAGGCUCCUCAGCCCCGACAAGUGCGACGCUGAACACUCAAUGCCUGUGGGCACGGGGAGGCGUGGCCUCCCCCUGGGCCGCCACCUCUACUGGUUGCUCUGUGCGUUCACUUUAAAGCUCUGCCAAGCGGAGGCUCCGGUGCGGGAGGAGAAGCUGUCAGUGAGCACCUCAAAUUUGCCGUGCUGGCUGGUGGAAGAGUUUGUGGUGGCAGAAGAGUGUUCUCCAUGCUCUAAUUUCCAGGCUAAAGCCACUUCUGAAUGUGGUUCCACAGGAUAUGUGGAGAAAAUCACUUGCAGCUUAUCUAAGAGGAGUGAGUUCAAAAGCUGCCGCUCAGCUCUGAUGGAACAACACUUAUUCUGGAAAUUUGAAGGGGCUGUUGUUGGUGUAGCCUUGGUCUUCGCUUGCCUUGUCAUUGUUCGUCAGCGACAGCUGGACAGAAGGGCUCUGGAAAAGGUCCGGAAGCAAAUCGAAUCCAUAUAGCUAUCUUCCACCCUUUUAUAUGGGUCUUAAAGACCCUACAUCAGACAGAAAGUGGAAUGGACUGACUUGUGCCCUGGUAUUUUGGGGGUAAAAAAACCCCCCACAAAAACCCUUUCUUCUAUCAUCCUAAUCUAGAUCAUUAAUGAGCAGAAUAAAAAGAGUAAAAUAGAGUAUAAAAUACUUUCCUA